GGUUCAGGGUGUAGCAUCGGCGCGCCGCUGCAGUAACGCAAUAGCUAGCGAAUGUUUAUACAACUCAGCAAAUAAGAAAACUGAUUUUGUUGCUAAAAUCUAUAGGAACUUACACUUGGAAGAGCCUAAACAUGAGUACUUACACUAUAAGUGAGAAAGUUCGCAAUUUUGCCAUUUAUACACGACUUGUAACUUUACUACUGCAGAUUGUAUCAAAUCUGAUUAUCCCAGAUCACCAGGCAGAUGCAUUUGUCUCCCCACAAGACCCAGAAGUGAAGUCCACAUGGGGGGAUGAAAUAGUGCAGUUCCUCUUAGGUGGUUUAGUGCGUUGGGAUGCUCAGUAUUUUCUCCACAUUGCUCAGUACGGUUAUACACAUGAAAACACUCUGGCUUUCUUCCCACUAUUUCCCCUGGCAGUGCGAUACUUAGCACAUGUCAUCAGCAUUCCUCUGCAGUUUGUAUGUAGCCAUCACAGUAUUUUACUCAUUUCUGCAGUAUUAUUGAAUUUCUACUUAUUUAUCAAGACUGCAGCUGUUUUUCAUAGAUUGAGUUUAGUCGUGCUGAAAAGUGAGAUACUUGCAUACCGAGCAGCACUGCUGUUUUGUAUCAAUCCUGCAAGCAUAUUUUUCACAGCCCCAUACUCUGAAGGAUUGUUUGCAUUCCUUACAUUUUCGGCAUUAUUAACAAAUGAAAGAAGAAGUACUUCAGUUGCGGCAUUGCCUUUUGGACUCGCCUCUGCUGGUAGAUCAAAUGGACUUGUCAACAUUGGAUUCAUCCUCUACAGGAAGCUUCUAGAUUGUUCAAAUUAUUACUACAAGAUUCGAAAUGCAACAACAGAGUCAGGGCAGCUGUCUCUGCUGAUAGUAGUGAUCCUUACCUUCAACUAUACACUCAUUCCACUCUUCAUUGGAUGUUUCCUGGUUGUCCUUCCAUUUGUCAUCUUCCAGACCUGGUGCUAUUUUACAUAUUGCCAUAAGGAUGGAACUUCAUCAACUCUGGCUCCACAUUUAGAAAUGUAUGUGCGAGCAAACUUCUUGCAUUCACCAGUUAUGGGUGAAGCAGAAUGGUGUGAUAACACACCUCCCAUUGCCUAUUCAUAUGUGCAGGACAAAUAUUGGGAGGUUGGACUUCUUAGAUAUUACGAGAUCCGUCAAGUCCCCAACUUCAUGCUGGCUCUACCAGUUGUCAUGAUUGUUAUUUGUCAUGCAGCCCUGUACAUGGUAGAUAACCCUCAGGUAUGCUGGGGUCUGGGAAUUCCUCAGCCAGUGGGAGAUAAGCCAUCAAGUCGGAGAAAGCAGGCCCUAACAUGGCCAGAAGAAGGCAUCAACUCCUGGCGUGUGUUUGUUUACACAGCCCACUCUCUCUGCCUGUGUGCCUUCUGUGUACUGUGUAUCCAUGUCCAAGUAGGUGAAAGAUGGAAUAAACUAUAA